AUGACUUCAAUCGUUAAAAUUGACAAAUCUAAAGAAAAUGAAGAUGUUUUUGAAAAAGCUCAACUUGGAGAUAUGAUUCAAUUUAAUCGAGGUACUUAUAGUCAUUGGGCAAUUUAUGUUGGUAAUGGUUGUGUAAUUCAUAGAUGGGGUGAUCAUGAUGGUAUUGGAAAAUCAGUUGGUUUUUGGGGAAAUUUAUUGACGUUUUCUGGUACACAAUUUGAUAAAGCUACAAUUCUUCAAUCACAUGUAUCUGAUGUACUUAAAUUGGGUGGUAAAGCUCAAAUUAAUAAUUAUCUUGACAAAAAAUACAAACCAUUACCUGUUGAAAUUAUUCUUGAUAAAGCUCGUCGUGCUCUCAAUCAAGAAGGUUAUAAUUUAGUAUAUAGUAAUUGUGAACAUUUUGCCACAGAAUGUCGUUAUGGUCAACCUAAUAGUCGUCAAGUACAGAUUGCUGUUGGAGCUUCAGCUAUAACUGGAAUGCUUGUAACAGGUGCAGCAGCGGUUGGAGCUGCAUUUUUCAUGCGAGGUUCUUCCGAAGACGAGAAUAAUGAUAAAAAUGUAAAAAACGUUCAAAUUAAAACAUAA